AUGUCGGGCUUCGACCAGUCGCACAAUGGUGCUUUCUUCAAUUUCAAUAACCUCACUCCACAGCAGCUCAACAUGCUCCGCCAACAGAGUCAGAUGCAGCAACCCGUGCAGAUGCCACAGCAGAUGCCACAGCAGCAGCAGCAGCAGCAAUCACAGCCGCCACCUGGCACACAACCCCAGCCGCAGAUGCAGCAACGCAACGCCAUGAUGCCUCAGCUCGGCUUGCCUGCCGGCUUCAACCAGCAGCAACUUCAGACCUUGAUGGCCCAGCAGCAGUCCCAACUUGCCAACGGCAUCAUGUCCAACAAUCAGAAUCCGCUCAUGCAGAUGAUGCGUCCACAGCCCAUGGUUCAGCCUCAGGCAACCCAGCAGCAGAUGCAGCCGCAGCAACACGCCCAAAUGCAGGGUCAAAUGCCUCACCAGCAACCUUUGGGAUCCCAGCCUGCCCAUAUUCAGCAGCAGCCUCAACAGACCAACAACCUUGGAGCUCCUCCUCAGAUGACUGGCCUUGGAGCGCCCACGCCGACGUUUGCACAGCUAUCGCAUGCCAUCGAACAAGCCAAGAAGGGUAACCUCACCCAGGAACAAAUGAUUCAGUUGCGACAAUUAAUCACACGCCAACAAGCCAUGCAAGCACAGCAGCAGGCGGCGCAGACCCAGAACACUGUCGCAAGGCCUCUGCAGCCUGCUCAGCCCAACAUGAACUUGAACAUGUCCAACGGCCCAAACUUUGCCAACGCUAUGCAAAGGGCGCCUCAGAUGCCAACACAAGCUCAGAUGAUGGCAGGUCUGCAGCAAGUCCGUCCAGGUCAAUCGACGCCUACCAUGGGUUCACAGGGUUUUUUGCAACCUGCCGCUCCAUCUCAGCAGCAACAGCAACAGCAACAGCAACAGCAACAAACGCAAGUGUCCAAUCAGAUCCAAUCCUCUCCUCAGGUGAUGCAGGGCCAAGUACAGAUGGCACGCGCUCCGACGCCCCAACAAAUCCAGGGUAUGCCUCAGAACGCGCAACAGUCGCAGCAGAUCUUGGGUCAGACACCUGCGCAGCCGGCACAGCAAAGACCACCUGUCGGGCGACCAGACCCGACCCCGGGCACUAGCAACCAGCAAAACCCACUCAACUUUCUGCGCCUUUUGCACCAGCGUGUCACGGAUAUCGAAAGCAAGCUCAAUUCAGAUCUCAGCACCGAGGAACGCCAAGUUGUCCAGCAACAGCAUGCAGAGGCUAAACGUCUGCAGUCUGCGCUGCUUCAGCGGCUCAAUGUUCAGAAUGCCCAACAGUUUGCCGCCUUGAUGCAACAGGGUCAGCAAACACCUGGUCAGAAUCAGCAACAGCCGCCGCCUCAACAGCCAAACCAAGCGUCACAGACGUCAUCGCAGCCGCAGCAGCAGCAACAACAACAACAACAGCAGCAGCAGCAGCAAGGUCUUAGCAUGAUGGGUAGCAAUAUUCAGGCUUCGCCGGUUGUCCGUCCACCGAACAAGCCUGGAUCUGCUCGGCCCCCACAGGGUCAAUUUUCCAGUCCCAUGCUCAACCAAUCCGUACCACAAGCUCAAAGCGGCCAGCAAGCGCCACCGCAACAGCAGACGCCUCAGGUGCGUCCUUCUCCACAGAUGGGCGCCAUAAAUGUCGCUGGACAGCCCAGCAUGACUGGCUUGCAAGGUGUGCCGUCGCUGCGUCCAGAGCAGUUCAUGAAGGCUCUCGUUGAUCUUAUGAAGAAGCGCGGCACCCCGAUCACCUCGCUGCCAAAAGUAGGCGGUCGGGAGCUGGAUUUGUACCGCUUCUAUCAGAUCGUACAAGCGCAUGGCGGUAGCGAAGGAGCACACCAGAAGGGAGCUUGGCCAGCCAUCGCCAUGUCUUUGGAGCUUGCGCCACUUGGCUCGCCUCAAACACAAGCGCUUGGGCAGGCGCUGGCCACCGAGUACCGCAACUACCUUGCUCCGUUCGAAGAAACGUGGCAGCGAGCCAUGCAGCAUCAAUACCAGAUGUCUAUGGCAAGUGUCGGUCUCAGUCAGGCACAAGGCGCCGCACAAAACAACCCGGGGGCGCCAUCUUUCCGACCUCCAUCGACGCCACAGAUGCAGUCGCAACAGCUCAAUCAGCAGCCUACUCAGGUGCCGGGGCAACAGACUUCAGUGAUGGCCUCAAAUCAAUCACAACAACAACAACAACAACAGCAGCAGCAGCAGCAGCAAGCUCAGAUGCAGACGCAGAACGCGGCGGGUGCACCUCAGCAACCCUCUCUUGCCGGCUUCAACCCAACUCCACCACCCAUUCUCAGCGCCGAAAACCUCGCCAAAGCAGGCAUGUCUCAGGAACAGUUCAACAAGGUCUACCUUACCCAGCAGCUCAAUGCGUGGCGACAGGAGCAGCUGCAAAAUCAGCAGCGACAGAUGAGUCAGGCAUAUCAGGGCAAUCAGGCUGGUUCAGGGCAGAAUACUAUGCAGCAGCCAGGGCAGGCGCAACAGCCUCAGCAACAGCAGCUACCACAAGCACAACAGGGAUCCAUGCAGCAGGCGCAGCAGAUGGUCUGGCCAAACCAACAGCGAUCAAUGCUGCCACAAACGUCGGGUGCUCAGCCGUCACAGACGCAGCCUGCCCGCUUUGGUAGCGGUAUGCCGGGUCAGCCGAAUAAUGCGCAACAAAUACAAAACCAGGCUCAGAUGGGCUCCAACGCUCAGAUUCAGCAGCAAGGUCAGCCGCAACAGUCGCAAGCUCAGUCGUCGCAGAUGCCGAGUUCGUCAGCACAGCCGCAACAGAUGAGCGCACAGGCCAUUUCUGCAACGAGUGCUUCUGGCGCGCCGCAGGGUCAGCCCGGUCAACCAGGUCAGCAGGGCCAACAGGGUCAGAUCGCUGGACGCCCUUCCAACAUGUCGCAGGCUCGCUUCAUCGCAGUAAGCCCUGAACAGCUGGAGCAAGCGCGUGCAGCGAUGCAGAAGAUCGACCAGGAAUUGGCUACUCAGAGACCCAGAUUGCCCAUCAUCCAGAACAUUGCCGACGACGAGAGGGACCAGAUUCUCGACCAGGUGCAGAAGCUAGCGCCGAUUCAAGCGACCGUGACAGCACUGCUACCUGCCUUUUACGCAAUGAAUGGCAAUCUGGAGCCAGCGAAGCGUCUCAAGAUUAUGGCAUUCAUGUACAAGGACCAGUUCGACUUGCUGCCCAAGAAGCAGUGCAUCCUGCGCCUGGCCGACCUGGACAAGCUCAAGAUGCAGAUGAGCCGAUGCAUCAGCUUUGUUCGUUCCAGCAACCCAGAAUUGGCGCAGCGCAUCGUGACUUCGCUCGGUGAGCAGUCGCGCGCUGCCCAACAGAACGGCGCCGCACCCUCCGCGACGGGCAGCAAUAAUUCAGCUUCGCAGAACGUCAACCAGGGAACAGCGGCAAACGCAAUGCAAGCUGGUUCCUCUGCUCCUCUUCCUGCUGCUCCGACGGCAGCAGCAGCCGCUGAGGUAGCCACGUUGCCAGCACAAGGCGCCGAGGCUGGAGCUGGUGUGAAUGCUGAUGGCACAUUCGAUGCUGUUGCAGCCAUGCACGGCAUCAAGCGCGGACUGCGACCCGAGAACCUCAAGCUGCCGCCCAAUAAACGCGCAAAGAAUGUUACUGGACCUGGCAAAGCGAUGAGCCCUUCGUCUGGCGCCAACGAGUCGCCUAGAGUGGCUCCGUCGCCCGCUCAGCCGGAAGACACGCCCACCCCAGCAGGCUCGACUCCGGCGGGCAAAGGCAGCAAGAAGAUCGAAAAGACAGGCAAGGGCAGCAAGGCGACAGCCAAGAAGGGCAAAGGAGGUGCUGCAGGCACGCCGACGUCGUCUGCCGCUGAACCUGACAAGAAGUUCAAGACGAGCGCCGACAUCAUGGCUGAGGUCAAACGAGAAUUGGCCGAGGCCGAACGCAAACGUCGCGAGGAAGGGUCUGCUGGCGAUGCCUCUGGCGCUGCUGCCAAGGUGGACAUGGCCAACGUCAAGGCAGAGCAAGAGGCGGAAGAGAGGCGCAAGAAAGACCAAGAGCUGGCGGGCCGCGAUCCGGCAGGUCUUGUCGAGUCGACGUGGCACGAGUUGCUCGCUACCGGCAAGGUCAGCAAUGUACCUGGAGGCGCCAACGCGUCGGUGGGAGCCCAAGCGAGCGGGCCAUCUGCGUCAAACGGCUCGGACCCGAAGGCUUUGCAAUCGCUCAUGUCGAUGUUAGGCCAAGAUUCGAUGUUGUCCGGACUUCCCAUCAACGGCCUCAAUGUUCCUUCAAAGGGACUCAUGCCGGACGAGUCGAGCGGUGGCGCUGCUGUACCGAGCUUUAUGGAAGGCGCACUGGAUUCGCUGCCAUCGGCGGACGCGGACACGGGCUUGGACAUCGACCUGUUCGACUUUAUCGAGGCUUCGGCCGCCGGACCAGACGCGUUCAACGACACGGAUGUCGACCUGAGCGGCGUAUUCGGAUCGAGCGCGCUGAAUGCCUCGACGCAGGAAAGCGAGCCACCGGUCGAGACUCCAGAGCUGGUGGCAAGCGCGCGACUCCCUGGGGGCAGCUCGAACGCAUCGACGAUUUCCAACUCGACAUCGAACUCGAUGCGCGGUAAGAUGCCAGCAGCGCUGGGAGCGAGCGGGCUGGAUUUUGGCUCUGCCGGACCGUCGAGCACGAGUCCGGCGGAAAUGAGUAGCUGCGACGAGAUUGAUCUCGACAAGAGCCCGUUUGUUCACAGGAUGAGCCUCGAUCGCAUGGGCCUGACCAUGGCUCCGGCAGUUGCGGGGACAGAGGCGCCCAAGGCGAUUAACACGGUCGGCGGCCAGAGCACGUUGAAGGCUCAAGAAGAAACAGCGAUCAACCAGGUUGAGCUCGGACCUGGUUCGCAAGGCAUCACUGCGGGCUCCAGCGACGAUUGGUGGGAUCUGGACCACUUUGGCAGCGUGACUAAUGCAGGGUUUGGCUCCGACGCCAAUGCAGACCAGCCAUGGGCGGUGCUGAGUUGA